GGCAUGUGUCACAACUAUAGAAUAUGUCAGUUUAGAUACAUACCGUAAACAAGAUGGCUACCGAAAAAAGUUUUCGCGACUUUGUGUUAGAAGAACUGAAGUUGUCGGUGGAAAUUUUUACUAUAUUCGAAGAUGCUGAGAUUGGAUUCAUAGAACUGUCUCAAAUAACGCGUGACGAAUUAGAUCAAAUUCUUGACAGCAGCGGAUCAUCGUGGAAUGCUGAGGAGAUUUUUCGACGGAUUAUCACUUGGCGUCAAGAAGCGGGAAUCGGUAUAGUCAACUUUGAAAAGGUCGACGUAAUAGAGGAUUGGGAAUCCAGUGAAUCUGAAACAAGUGGUUUGGAAUCGGAGUUUCUAACUGAGAUUUCUGGUCAAGAAUCAUUGGCCGAUUCAAACUGCUCUGGUUUAUCUCCUGAAGUACAAGCUCCAGCGGCAGCCGUAUCCCAAUCAAACACGAUCACUGAUACACCUGGAGCGAGCACACCUGGAGCGAGCACACCCGGAGCAAGCACACCUGGAGCGAGCACACCCGGAGCAAGCACACCUGGAGCGAGUACACCCGGAGCAAGCACACCUGGAGCGAUCACACCCGGAGCAAGCACACCUGGAACGAGCACAUCUGGAGCGAGCAUACCUGGAGCAAGCGUACCUGGACCGAGCGCAUCAAGAUCGCUAGAAACGAGCAAACCAAAAAAAAAUUACAAAAAUUUCACUCCUGAUGUGCUGGUUCACUUGUUGAAGCAAACGGUCGUUGGUCAACAGAUACUAGAAUUAGCAGCCGCUGGACCAUUAUCAAGUACGAGUCAAAGGGAGCUCGUUGAUAUCAUAGCGGAGUAUCACUGUGCAUCCGGUAUACCAGCAACGGGAGAAGUGCUUAAAGAUUACGGGGAAGCAAUAACUACCGUUUUUAAGGAAGAAACAUUGGAUUCUUAUUUUGUUAUUAAGGGUGGAACGAAAAAAAACCCUGGGGGAAAAAUUUAUAACCGCAUCUCCAACAGAAAACAAAAAAAAGCCAAGCGUACACGAAUUGAAUUAAAACAUCAAGCCGAAAUUGAAAAACGUGCCGGGCGCAAGGUUGCUGAUCUCCCAGACGUAAAAGAGGCAGAGGCCUGGCUGGAACACAACACGCAACCGUGGACCACAACAUUAGACAAAUGGCGCUAUGCAUUCCCUGUUAGGCGAUUAUUACUAACAAAAUCAAACGCGGUAGAAGAAGUGCUUAAGCGAUACCGGCAUUAUUCUCAUGAAUUUGGAUUUCAAUUGAUUGAUGUUGAUUUUCAGUUGUUGGCGAAAGGUGAUAGUAAUGGUUUGAGAACGUGGGACUUAUGUCUGGAAAAGCUCAUUCGUUACGUGAAGCGUCCUUUCAAAGAUGAACUAUCCAAAAGCAUCGUUGAACACCUUAGUUCGUUAGAGUUGGAUCAAAAUACAAAAAUUUGUGCAGUUCUUAUCCUGCUAAAUAACUUUUUGUUGCCGACCAAAGUAACGAAGACGUUCAAGCCGACCAUACUGUCUGCACAAGAAGAUGUGAUAUUUUUUGCAGAAACGGAUAUAGAAGCAACUCAGAAAAUCAAUGGAUUCAACGAAACUGUUUGUAAGCUCGGAUUGAAACCAUCGCCGAAACUAGUUUUUAAAGGUGCCGACUUCAAAUCGUUGACUGGAGUUUUUGAGUUUCACUACCAGAAUAUUGUAUAUCGAGUAGACUCAGCAGCUAGAGCAGUCGAUAUACUAAUUAAAUUUAGUACUGUGUUUGGCUUAGAUUAUUCACGAAUCUCUCGCCUCGUGUGGAAUUUUGUGUGCUCAUACGUGUACAACCUACCAGUACCAGAGGAAUACGAAUCGAUCAUCAAGCUCAAGCGCUACCUAUCUGCUGAUUAGUAAUCAUGUUUGCGUGCAUGAUUUCGGAUUGUACCCAAGAGUACAUGACUGCAGAUGGAUAUCUCGAGCAUUUGUCCAGAGAUCAUCGAACACCAAGAGAAUUCCGAUACAUAUGCACAUUUCGGGAUUGUUAUCAGAAAGCUGCUAGUUUUUAUACUUUCAAGCGCCAUAUACUCGGUCACGUAGAGUCUGCUACAUACGAAGGCCCAUCUACAAGUAAAGCCUUCAAAAAUAUGAAAAGUGUUGAAAUCAACAUCGAGCAAGAACCCCACAGUGAAAUAGGAGAAGAAGAAGACAUUAUGGACCCUGAAGCAGCUUCUGAGAAUUCUAUGUUUCUUGAAGCCCCUUACACACUAAACUUAGAAGAGAUAAGGCAUCAUGCAGUUCAGUUUUCAUUAAAACUUCAUAAAGAAACGAAUUUGUCACGUCAAGAUGUACUAGAUAUACAGCAUGCAGUAGGACAAUUGAAUAGUCAAAUAGUAGAGAAAAUCAAAAUUCUUCUACCUUCGUUAUCGUCAAAUCCCGAAGUAGAGUUUGAACUUAGGGGCUACUUAAGAAGAUUAGAAAAUCCGUUCGAUUUUAUUAAUUCUGACCAUAAGUUUUUAAAACACCUAGAACAUUUAAAUAUUUUUAAGUUUCCUGUAGUUGUCCCUUUCGAAUCCGAUAAAAUCGGCUCAGAAUCAAAUGCAAGUGACUUGCAAGAAAAACAAAACUGUACUAUAAUGAAUGAUGUACAAUUUCAACUGAAGGCAUUUUUCAGUAUCGGAAAUAUUUUAAGAGAUACCAUAGCACAUACGCAUAAGCUAGAAAAUUCUGAAAAAGUAAGUAGUUUUGUAAGUGGUCCGGUGUGGAGACGUAUUAAAGAAAAGUAUAGAAAAGAGAUAAUUUUGCCAGUUGCAUUGUACAGUGACGAAUUUGAGAUAAACGAUAACUUGAGUUCCCACAACAAAAAACAUGCAAUAUGCGGGGUAUACUACAACAUUCUAACUAUCCCAGAUCAAUAUAAAUCGAAACUAUGCAACAUCUUAGUCGCUGCGAUGAUUAAAAAAACUGCCAUUGGAGAAAUAGGAGUUAACAAGCUAUUUUCACCAAUUGUUCUAAAAUUCAAGGAGAUUGAGGAGACAGGUAUACAUUUCAUACUUGAUGAGAAGGAAAUUGUAGUUAGAUUUGUACUUGUUAUGGUACAAGGUGAUAAUUUGGGUAUUCACCAAAUGCUUCAAUUCCUAACAUUCAGUGCAAAUUUUUACUGUAGAUUCUGCCACCGUACACGUGAAGAUUGUAAGAAAGACGUGGAAGAAUUUCCCGAAUAUCAUCGUACAUUGAGUAGUUACAACUCAGACGUGGCUGUUAAUAGACCUUCAGAAACUGGUAUUAGAAUGAAAACUAUUUUUAAUGAACUUCCAUCAUUUCACGCAGUGACCAAUGUUUGUGUUGAUCCGAUGCACGAUUUUUAUAGCGGUGGUAUAUGUGUGACAGGGCUCACAGAGAUUAUGAAUCAUUGUAUUUAUAACAAACAAUAUUUUACCAUCGGUACCUUUAAUAGUCAAAAAAGCAUAUUCAGUAAAAUAGCAUUAGAUCGUUCGCUAAAAAGAAUGCCUGAUGUAAGCGAAACAUUCUUGUCUCAUAAGAAAAAGAAAUCAGUAGUUU